UUGUUCAACCUUCGCUUCUUCUUCUUUUUUAUUUGCCCUCCUGUCCUCCUUUUUCCUUCUUUCUUUCUCUCUUUCUCUCUUUCUCUCGCUCGCACAAAAACUUUUGCUCUUCUUCGUUUCUUUUCUUUUGCUAUUUUAUUUUCUUUUAUAUUUUUCUUCUGUUAUUGCUCGCUCAAGUUCUCUUCUUCUUCCACUCAUAACAACCACCAACAACAACCCCAUUUUUAUUACCCCUACGUAAAGCAAAAAAGCACACAUUCUGUAUACCUAUACUACUUUUACAAAGCACAAAACACAUCCCAACCAAUUUCACAUUCCAUAAAAGAAAAGAAAGCAGAAAAUGACAACGCAUGAUGUUCACCGAGCCAUGGAAGAGAACCUAUUCAACUCAUUUCACCACCGCCACAAUCCGCUCCAGUCGCCAGGCAGCCUAGCCGGAUCAUCACCGGCAUUUCGAUCCAUGACAGCAUCCGACCUCAUUAACUUAUUGCCAAGCACUCCGUCUGCUGCUAUGCCACCACAACAACACCAACAGCACCAUAACAACCACCACCACCACCACCAGCAACAGACACGUCAUAGCCGUCCUGCAUCCGAUGUUUUGCAGAACCCACAGCUUAGCGGUCAUGCUGCUGAAGAAGCCAUCGAUGAAUGGUUUGAGAACAUCCAGCGAUACGAGAAGAUGCUCGAAGAGGUGGCCGCAGCUAGUCUCGACCAAGCGUUCAAGGACGAACUCAACCAUGUGAAUCAAUGGUUCCGAUGCCGAUCUGAUCCUGAGCGAACGGCUGCCCUGUACAGUGUUGUCCAGAAUGCCUCACAGAUCCAGAUCCGCUUCUUGAUCACUGUGUUGCAGCAACUGGCGAACCAGGAUCCAUUGGGCGCAUUGCUUUCCCCUGCUGGACAGGAAAAAGGUAAAUGUCUACGACGAAGCAAUGUAGAGAGAGAAAACAAGCCUGAAAGAAAGAAAGCGGGAUACCCACUUUCUAUAAACAUUUGCACUAAAGAAGUAUCUGUUGUGAAUUUAUUACAAAUCCUCUAG